AUGGUUAUCAAAUCCACUGCAUUCCUGGCAGCUUGCCUCUUUGGCAGCUUGACUGCGGCCGCACCGCAAAAGCGCGCUGAUGCGACACCCACCGUGAGCCUGUGGCUUCCACAAUUCGAUAUCGCGGAGAACGAUCUCACUUUCGGGGCCUCGGUGGUUGCUGCCAAACCCACCAUUACAUCCUACGCUCUUUGCCCCAUCGGCUUCAACGAAAGAAUCUGUAGAGAGUCUGCGGGUAUCACUGUUGCCCAGGGCCCCACAUCGGAACGAACCAAGUCAAAUGCAAACUCUUCGGCACCACCCGCGCCGAGUGUGAAGGCACCGCAUCGGCUAGCUACAAAAGGCUCUGCGACGUCAAUCGUCACCAACGGCGUCAUUUCUGAUCCCGACUUGAUGGUCUUCUAUCCCGUUCCAGUUACAGCUGGCGCCGAGAAGCUUCAGAACCUCCCUGCCGCCACGACCACUCCCACCGGCACCGGACUUGACUCUGUUCCCACCGGCACCGACGCUCCAACCGGCACUGGCGCCAGCGCCCCAGUGAGCACUGGUGGAAUGCCCAAGCUCUCAGGAUCUACCGGGUGGCUUGUAGGUGGCGCUGCUGUGGCGAUUGCUGCCAUCGCGGCUUUGUAA